AUCAAAACAACAACGGACAGUUAAAUUGCCACCAGAAGGCAGAAGAAGCAGCGAUGUCACGACUCUUUUUACCAAAUCGUUUUUGUGCCAAAUGUUCCCUAAUAACAGCGCGUGGGUAUAAUGCAUUUCCACCGCGAGCCGUAGCGCGUUACAAGCAGCAUCAGUCAGAUAAACUGAGUGCUUUUAUUCAACAGAGACGAUAUGGCGGAGAGGCAAAUCCAGCGUUUUUUAAAUACAGGUCAAAGUCCCGGAUUUGGGUAUGUGGGGUCGGUGUGGGGAUUGCUAUAGCUGUCUGGUUGAAAUACAACGCAGUCACAUCCAGCAGUUCCUGUGAUGAUACAGUGAAGGAGGCUCAGCGGACUGAUCGAUACAGCGCUGCCAUAAAAGUUAGCAGGGACCUGGUGGAGCGGAUCAAGGAUGAGGUCGGGGCUCCAGGCCUGGUGGUGGGGGUCUCUGUGGAUGGUGCUCAUGUCUGGAGUGAAGGGAUCGGUUAUUCUGAUUUGGAGAAUCGUGUGCCAUGCGGCCCAGGAACAGUGAUGCGAAUCGCCAGCAUCAGUAAACCCCUCACCUCUGCAGCUGCUGCACGGCUCUGUGAGGAGGGGAAACUGGAGCUUGAUGUCCCUGUCCAGAAAUAUGUCCCAGAAUUCCCCCAGAAACAAUUUGACGGAGAGGAUGUCACAAUAACCCCUCGAAUGAUUCUGUCUCACCUGAGUGGUAUCCGGCAUUAUGAGAAGGAUGCUAAGAAAGUGAGGGAGGACAGGGAGAAAGCGAAGCGUCUGUUGAAGGCAGAAAAGAAAGAGGACGAGAAGAGCACAUCAGAAAACAAUGAUAAACCUGCAACUGAACAAGAAAACAAAGGCAAAGAAGCCACUAAGGCUCAGAAGAAAAAAGAGUUUGAACACGAGGAAUACUACUUAAAGGACAACUUUGAAGACGUCACUCACGCCUUGGACCUCUUCAAGGAUGACCCACUCAUUUUCAAACCUGGCACCACUUUCCUGUACUCCACCCAUGCCUUCACCCUGCUUAGUGCUGCUAUGGAGCGCGCUGAUGGAAAGCACUUCCUUGACGUUAUGAUGAACAUGUUCCGUGAGCUGGGAAUGCUCAACACUGUUCCCGAUGAGAAUGACCCUAUUAUUUACCACCGCUCCAGAUAUUAUCAUCUCAACAAGAGAGGACGUAUUGUGAACUGCCCAUACGUAGACAACUCCUACAAGUGGGCAGGAGGUGGUUUCCUGUCCACCGUGGGGGACCUGCUGCUGUUCGGUAACGCUCUGCUCUUCAGCUACCAGGCGGCCCACCUGAAAGACACUGAGGGCUUGCUCCCUGGCUUCCUCACACCUAAUACUGCUAUAGAUCUGUGGGCACCAGCUGACAGGACAGAGGCCAGCUGGGACAAAGAUGGAUUGUAUGCUCAAGGCUGGCUGGUAGUGGAGAAACUACAGAAGUACAGCCAGUGCAGGAAGCGCAGACAUUACGUUUCACACACAGGAGGCGCUGUGGGGGCUAGCAGUGUCCUCCUGGUGCUACCCAGUGAGGAGAAAGAUGAGCACCAAGGACAGACCACUCCUCUCCCAAAGGGGGUGGUGGUCACCAUCAUCGCUAACAUGCAGUCUGUGGGACUCAACGGCACAGCACUGAAAAUUGCGCAUGAGUUUGACAAAGCCAAAAGACUCUAAGAGUAAGUUGUUUACAGACAUGCAAUAAUUUAUAUUUCACCAAAAAGUAUUCAAAACCAUACAUGACAUUUUAAUAACUCUAUAAAAAACAGUUCACAGGAUGUUAUAGAAAUUAAAUAAAUAUUAAGCUUGUAUUUUC